AUGUUAACUAUCCUUCCUUUCCCCUCCAAUAGAAAUUCCCAAGAAACCAAUCCCACGUCGGUACAAUCUAGUAUUGGCGAUUCUAACAUCAAGAAUAAUAUGCCACAAAAUAAAAAUCGAAAUAAAAUUACUGUCAAAAAACAACAACAGCUGAAAAAACUUGAAGAACUCGCUAAUAAAUAUAGUGAACGAAAUCAAAAAUAUAAAGGUGAGCUCAAAAACAAUACAAGAAAAUCUGUGGAUAAAAGCCAAAUACCGAUUCCAAAAAAGACAAUGUUUACGCAACAACAAGAACCCGAGUGUGAUACUAAUUCGGUACUAGAAAAAGUUGCCAAGGAUGAAAUGAAAGUUGACAAAACCAAAAUAAAUGUAAUAAAAACGUCACGAAAACCCCUUAAGGAAAAGAAGGUUAUUGAAAUAAAAGUAAAUAAAAAAGAAAUAAAAAAAUAUGAAACUAGAAAUGAUACCAAACUUAAAUUGAUGAAAGAAACGAGCAUGAGUUUGGACAGUCUCGAGGAUUCCCAACCUAUUACUGACAUAGACAAGAACCGCCAAUCUAUAGGGAUAAAUACUGAAUUUGUAUGUCCGUGUGUUCCUUGUGUAAUAUAUGAUAAUACAGAUCCAAAACCAAGAAAAUCAAAAAAUACUAACAAAAUUGUAAGUCAAACAGAAACUGAUGCACAAAAAUUGGAAGAACCAAAAGUUCAACUACUGUACCAAAAUCUCACUAUGGUAAGUUCAUGUGACAUUGGCGCCAAACAUAAAAAUGAAGAAAAUGUCUCACGACAAGGAGAUGACGACAUCAUUAUCAAUAAUUUUGAGAAUACUUCUAAUACCGAAUCAAUAUCUAAUGUAUUAGGAAAUAAAUCUGAAAGCAGUAAGGGAGUUAACGUCAUAAGGAGUGAUUAUGACGUUAACUCCCUUGAAAAUAAAUUGAGUGAGGGUGUACCUGAUUUAUUAACUGAACACAUUGAAGAGAAUUAUGAACACGACAUCAGCAAUGAUUACUGUAAUGAAGAUCAUAAUAAAUAUGAAGAUUACGAUGGCAACAACGAAGUACAAGAUAUUUUGUGUCGACAUGGUAGUGGUGAUACUUAUACAAAAUUUUCAGACAAUUCUGCUAAUUUAGAAGAGUUUAUUAAUAUGACAGAUAAAAUGAUGAGUAGCCAUUAUGCGGAAGAUAAAUUCUUGGAAAAAGAGGUUGAAACACUUCAUACCCCGAGAACAAAUUCACUCGAUGCUAUUAAAGACACCAGUUCUGAAAAUAACAAUCCUCUUUUAUUAGAACCGUCAAAGCCCAGUUUUUCGGACACCCUUGAAAUUUUGAAAACAGAUCUAAAGGUACUGAUGGAAGGAGCUGGUGGAGACGUUAUCAUAACUCCACAAGAACCCAACAAAGGAGAAAUUCCUAAACCUAAUACAAAUGUUUGUGACAUGGAACAUAUUACUGUGUAUCAACUGAAUGUCUUUGAAGAAAAGAAAGCAAAAGAGAAUCCACUUAAAAAUGUAUCCUCCGAGUUCAAACUGCCAUCUAUAUCCGAGACGAAUAGACCGCACCGUAAAGUUAGUUGUAAUAAACUCAGAAUGCAAAAACUUUACAAGCCGCAUAAAAAAUACACAAUGCUUGGUGAACAAAAUCGAGCCAAUACAGAAUAUCAAACAUUUAUAGUUAAAGAUAACGCUGACGACAAUAGCGAUGGACAUUCGAUAACAUCUGAGGCCCCACCUCUCAAACUUCCACGUAUAGAAAAUAAGAGGUUAGGAUAUGAUAAUCCAUUUCCUAAAUUUCAUUUUAUUCCUUGA